CUGCUUAAUAACCUUUCACAGCUACGUGACUAUAUAAAUGACAAAGGUUCGCCUCCGAGAACACAGAUUAUUUUGAAAUUUUACUAGUCAGAACUUCCGUUGUUGGUUUUACCUCACUGUUUAGCUUUUAUCUCGUUCCAUUCUUGUAGUAAUUCGUAGUAUCACAUAGACCCUAGAUCUUUAACUAGUCAAACAUUUUUUGUUAACGACGUCCAUAGUGAAUCGUGUGAUCAUAACAAUGCAUCUUAGCGGUGUUUUUAGAAGAUUUAAAAAUGAAAUUAUAAGGAAGUAUUAUACUUAUGCUACUGAACCGUUUCAUCCAUUGCCACGAGCACCAAUCACUGCUUCUGCAGAAGAUGCCAUAAAGGUUGUCAAGUCUGGUGACAACAUUUUUGUUCACAGCGCAGCAGCUACUCCAUCAAAGCUUCUAGCUGCAUUAGCUAACCAUGGAAAGCAAAAUAGACUGGAGAGAGUCACAGUAUGUCACAUCCAUAUUGAAGGAGCAAUGGAGUACUUGAAACCAGAGUACAGUGGCAUAUUCCGUGAUAAUUCCUUCUUCAUUGGUGCCAAUGCUAGGGAGGCAGUCAACACUGGUAGGGCUGAUUUUGUACCCAUCUUUCUCUCUGAGAUACCACUGUUGUUUCAGCGGAAGAUCAUUCAACUAGAUGUUGCCCUAAUCAAUGUUUCUCCGCCUGAUCAGCAUGGUUUCUGCAGCUUUGGUCCCAGUGUGGACGUGACGCGGUCUGCCGUAAAAAAUGCCAAGUACAUCAUAGGCCAAAUUAAUCCAAAAAUUCCGAGAACCUUUGGUGAUGGGACAAUCCACGUUUCCCAUUUGGACUGCAUCGUCAACGUAGAUGAAGAGCUUCCACAAAGACCUCCAGCAAAAAUCAGUCCAAUCGAAAACGCAAUUGGUCGAUUGAUUGCCGACAAUCUGGUUGAUAAUGGGGCCACGCUACAAAUGGGUAUUGGGAAUAUCCCUGACGCCGUACUUUCGUCGCUAAAGAGCCAUACCGAUCUGGGAAUACACUCGGAAAUGUUUAGUGAUGGUGUGGUGGAUUUAGUUGAAGCUGGUUGCAUCACUAAUGCCCAAAAAAAGAUACUACCUGGCAAGAUUGUGGGUAGUUUCUGUCUGGGGUCCCGAAGGCUUUACGAUUUUCUUGACAACAACCCAUUCAUAGUUAUGGGUGACGUCCAAUGGGUUAAUUCGUCUUCAUUGAUCGCUCAAAAUCCCAAGGUUACAGCCAUCAAUUCGUGCAUCGAGAUUGAUUUAACCGGUCAAGUUGUAAGCGACUCCAUUGGAACUAGAAUGUAUUCUGGUGUCGGUGGACAGGUUGAUUUUCUACGUGGAGCAGCUAUUUGUCCAGAUGGUGGUAAGCCAAUUUUGGCAUUACCGUCUAGCACCAAAAAGGGCGAAUCCAAAAUUGUUCCAUUUUUGAAACAAGGAGCUGGAAUUGUUACCACCCGUGCGCACGUCCAUUAUGUUGUAACCGAAUACGGUUAUACAAAUUUGUUCGGUAAAAACUUGCGCCAACGCGCAUUCGAACUAAUUCGCAUCGCCCAUCCGGAUCAUCGAGAAGAACUGGAGAAAGCUGCUUUUGAGCGUCUAAACUGCAUGCCGUCCCCUUAAAAUCUAACCGGUUAUCGCCCAUGUUCAGUAUUUAACAACGUUUGUUGUGAUUUUUCCUCUCCGUAUUUCGUCAACAGUAUUAUGUAGCAACCUUAGAAACCUACUGGUAAUUGUUUUAUUUUAUGUCGUUACCUCGUUAGUCGUUUAUCCUUUUUUUAAUGGUGUUGAUCUCAUAAGUUAAUAGACGGUUUGCUGUGAAAAA